CGGCGCGGCCAUUUAAGAUCGCGAGCCGCGCCGUCAGUAGUCCUGGCGCCUCCGGCCUAAGAGUUGCAGACGGCGCUCCACCAUCCCAGCGGCUUCUCUGCCUCAUGCGGACAGUAAGCGGCUAUGGACGCAGCCAGCGCCUAACCACCGGGAACACGAGUAGCUGACACCUGCCAGCAGCACCCCCACCGCAGCCGAGCCGCCACCAGCGAGAUGGGAACCAAAGUUUUCCUCAAGGCCUUCUUCAGGCGGAUCAUCACAGACUUCCGCCACAAGGAACUCUUGCCGCUGAAACUUCUGUUCUUCGUGCAUUCCUCAACGGUGUUCGUGCUGUACCCGUACCUGACGAUCCACAUGCGCGAGCUGGGCAUCAACGUGGAGGAGACGGCCAUCAUGUCGGCGGUGACGCCGGUCGUGGCCAUCGUGAUGCCGCCGCUCGCCGGCAUGGUCGCAGACCGCAUCGGCAACUUCAAGAUCCUGCUGGCGGCUUUCUCGUCGCUGGGCGGCGCGUCGGCGCUGCUGCUGCUGCUGGUGCCCGUGGGUCGCGUGACGCUGACGUACCCGGCGCUGGCGGCGGUGUCGCUGGGCUGCGGGGGCGGCGCCGGCGGCUGGGAGGCGGCGCCGGCGGACGGGCUGCCCUGCUCUCCGCUGGGGCGGCCGACGCUCGCCACGCUGCAGGCGUGCGGCUUCCUGUGCGACGACCCGCCGCCGGAGCUGCUGCAGUCCGCCGCCACGGUGCGCAACUUUACCGUCUCUCUGCCCGGCGAGGCUGCCUCCUCAUACAGCUACUCCCUGCAGCAGGACGACCAGGCGUGGCACGAGUCUGAGGACCCGGACAUCCGCGCGCACCUGUCGCAGCACCUGAACGAGCGCUUCCGGACGUCGGUGAGAGUGCUGCCGGGCACCGCCAGUUCCAACGCAGUCUUCUUUCCCACGUCGGGGUUGGUGCGCAUGCGCUGCAGCCCCGGGCGGGCGCCUGCAUCCAGCGCCAACGGCACGGCUGCACCCCCUGCCGCGGAGGAGGGGUCUCGCUGCGAGCUGUACGCGCCUGCAGGGGGCGUCAACGCCACGGACGACCGCCGGCGCCUCUGGCUGUCCGUCACGGGCGCAGGCAACCCGCAACACGCCGCCGUCACCCUGCCACUCAACUCCAGCCGCAACGCCACGUGCGAGGACCGCUUCGAAGAGCUGGAGGGCGGCGUGUCGGUGACGCUGCCGUGGGGUGCGCGGCUGGCCAACUGCUCCGCGCGCUGCCUGGCCACUGUGAACCGCACUCUGGCCUGCCGCGAGCGCCUCGAGAAGCGCGAGCUGGACGUCAGGCUCACCUUCUGGCUCUACCUCAGCAUCCGCGUUUUCAUCGGCAUCAUCGGCGGCACCGCCUUCGCCAUGUUCGAGGGCGCCGUCAUAGCCAUCCUGCGCGAGCAGAAGGCUGACUACGGCCUGCAGCGCAUCUACGCUACCAUCGGCGGCAUGAUCAGCUCGCCGCUCUCUGGGGCGCUCAUUGACUACUUCAGCAAGGGCAAGCCCUACACAGACUUCAGGCCCGCCUUCUACCUGUACGCGGCGCUGAAGAUCGCCAGCGGGCUGCUCAUCCUCACCAUCAGCCUGGAGUUCAAGACGCCCGCCAAGAACGUCGUCACCGACGUGCUCACCGUCCUCAAGAACAUCGAGCUGCUGGCGCUGCUCUGCGUCAUCUUCGUGCUCGGCACGGCGUGGGGCUACAUCGAGAGCUUCCUGUUCUGGCUGCUGCAGGACCUGGGCGGCUCCCGCUCGCUGAUGGGCGUCACCAUCACCGUGGCCGGGCUGGCCGGCAUCCCGCUGCUAGUGCUCUCGGGACCCAUCAUCGAGUCCAUCGGGCACGCAAACGUGCUCUUCAUCGGAUUCGUCUUCUAUGCCAUCAGGCUCUUCGGCUACUCACUGAUCUACAACCCGUGGCUGUGCCUCAUCUUCGAGGCGAUGGAGAGCGUGACCAGCUCGCUGUCGUUCACGGCGGCCGUGACGUACGCCGCCAAGCUGUCCACCACCACCACAGACACCAGCAUCCAGGGGCUGCUCGGCGGACUCUACUUCGGAGUCGGCAAGGGAGCUGGCAGCCUGGUGGGCGGUUACCUGAUGAAGGGGAUCGGGGCGCGACCCACUUACCAGGUGUUCGCCGCGAUGUGCGCCGUCGUGGGCACCUUCUACUUCUUCUUCAACAAGUUCUACCUGCGCCGCCGGCCGCAGGUCGAGGGUAACGACAUCAUCAAGGACAAGAUAAAGUUCAUGGACGGUGGAGAAAAAGGAUUUGGGAAAUCCAAAAAGAACAAGAACAAGAACAAGGAAGCGGGCGCUUUCGCCAUCGAGACUUCCCCAAUCAACAAGGACACGUCCAAAAGUUACUCCGCCAAUGAGGUGGUGAAUGCGAGCAUAGCUGCUGCCAACUUCGACACGACGGCGCCUGCUGCUGCCGGUUGGAACGUCAACCACGCUUACGAAGAUACGGAGGGACAGAGCGCCACCGAGCAGUGUAGUGACGUGAAGGAGAAGCCCAAUGAGGUUGACGAGAACAAAAGUGAAGAUCGAGCUGACGAGCAGCCGCCGGAAGAGUCUGAAAGUCCGAAGAAGGUUAAGGAUGAAGAGAGCAGCGGAUCACCCGCUAGCACCAAAGAGGGCGACACCACCGAGGAAGACGCGAAGACUGCCGCAGCAGCAGAAGCUACGCCCCCGGGCGCGGAAGGCGACGCGAAAUAGUGUUGAAGGACGCGGCCCAACUGGAGCAAGAAUAGCCGCCGCCGUUGCGCUUAGCUGUAUGUGUCGGUGCGAGCAGGGGAAUGAAACUUUAGAGAGACUGCGCUCGUUCAAGUGAAGGACUUGUACGGAGAACUGGAGAUCACUGUUUUUAAGAAAUGUGACUGCUAGGCCAUGUGGCGUGCAUUCUGACCAGUAAACUCUGACACAGCAACGUUUCGUUGUUCAGUAUUCCUGUGACAUAUUGUAACAUAACUUGUUGUAUAUAAACUUUUAGUUAGGUAAAAAUGUGUUUGACAAUAAAGUUAUUUUAAAUUACACUAAAAUGAACACUACGAAAUGGACAAAAUGACACCAAUAAAUGAUCUCUGUAGACUAAGAUAGCGAUUCUUGCCGUUAAAGCAGAGCUCAAAAUUGUUCAUUCCUGUUUGUAUUAAUUCUUCCACUUCAUUCCUUUAAAGAGGCUGAAUCUAGAACAUUAACAGAAAGGGAACUAUAUACAUUAGUUCCCUUUCACAACUUGUUAGUGCGUGCCUAAGACCUGUAAAAAAGUUAUAAAAUACAAAUUGUUAAUUAUGUGAA